AUGCCCAACAUUGAAGAUGAGGUGCCAAGGCCCUGUAAGCGCCAGCGACUAGACGUCGAUUCAGAGCCGGGUGGUUCGGCUGACCCAGAACAGCCAAGUGGUUCCGGUACGGAUGCGGCGCGCACCGAACCGGAGCUGAGCGAGCGUCUGCGCAAGGUAAUGCUGUGCACCGUUUGUCUGGAGCUGCCGCACCCGGAUGAUAGCUAUCAGUGCAGCUUGGGACACAUCGUAUGCGAGGAUUGCGUCACACGUCUACUGGCUGAAGCGGCGCUUAACAAUCGUGAGGCGCAAUGCCCACACUGCCGCACACACAUCAGCUGGCAGGAGCUAACCAAGAAUCUGGCCGUGGGGCAAACUCUCUGGGAGCUGCCGAAGAGCUGUUCCGACUGUGAACAACAAAUGGAAUACAAGUGCAUGGCCAAGCAUCUGAAAACCGAGUGUGCCAAGCGCUUGGUGCAUUGCCAGUACCGCUGCCUGGGCUGCACCUGGCAGGGCUGCCAGGAGGACAGUAGGCAGCAUGAGGCCAGCUGCCCCAAUCUGCAAAUGUCUAGCGAUGAGAUUAUACACGAGCUGGCCACGAUCGAUAGACUGGAGCAGAUGGCCGCCCAACCACUGCGGCAGUGCCACCGACAACUGAGUGCCCCAAGGAUUUCCUACGAGGACUUGGAUCUGCGUUGGCCGCAGCACAGUUCGCGUCUAAAUGGCGAGCUUCGCUUUCAGUCCCCCACAAUCUUUGUGUUUGAGGAAUCAUGGCGCCUGCGCGUGAAGCUCGUGCUCGGCACUGGCACAGAGCGCCGCCUUAGCUACAGUCUUAAGAUAUUGUCAUCCCCGCAGGAGGUAUUGCUGGUGAAAUACUUUGCCACAUUGCCGGCCAUACACGUGCGUGCCAAGCAGUUAAUGGAUGUGGAGCCUCAGCUAAACGAGUCGUUUUUCAAUCUUGCCGGCCAGAGCUCUGAGUUCAAGCUGCUGCCCAUGAGCUGCCAAAUAGCCACCUAUCGUUUGCUGGCCAUGCCACGUAUCAAACUGCGGCUCUGGAUGAUGUUGAACUAA